GGGGCCUGGCGGGGUCAACCCCGACAAAGUGGCUUGACACAUGGCUAUGUGGGCCCUGGGAGGCCGCCUUGGCCUUCGCGGGUGCCUCGGGGCCGGCAGGCUACUUUGUCCCCGUUUCCAGAGCCGCGGUUUCCCGGGCGCGGAAGACGGGGACGGGCCACAGCCUUCCUCGAAGUCACCCAAGAUCCCCAAGAUUUACACCAAAACAGGAGAUAAAGGGUUUUCCAGCACCUUCACUGGAGAACGGCGGUCCAAAGAUGACCAGGUGUUUGAAGCUUUGGGAACUACAGAUGAAUUAAGCUCAGCUAUUGGGUUUGCCAUGGAAUUAAUUGCAGAAAAGGGCCACCCAUUUGCUGAAGAGCUUGAGAAAAUCCAGUGCUCCCUGCAGGACGUCGGCUCCGCCCUGGCGACCCCGCGCUCCUCGGCCAGGGAGGCCCACUUGAAGCACACCGCGUUUGGGAUGGGCCGCAUCCUGGAGCUGGAGCAGUGGAUCGACAGAUACUCCAGCCAGCUGCCCCCGCUCACGGCUUUCAUUCUGCCUUCAGGAGGCAAGAGCAGCUCCGCGCUGCAUUUGUGCCGGGCCGUGUGCCGCCGAGCUGAGAGACGGGUGGUGCCUCUGGUCCAGAUGGGUGAGACAGAUGCAAACGUGGCCAAGUUCUUAAACAGGCUCAGCGACUAUCUCUUCACCUUAGCCAGAUACGCAGCCAUGAAGGAGGGGAACCGAGAAAAAAUAUACAAGAAAAACGACCCGUCGGACUGAAUCUGAGGCACUUGGAAAUAAUGGAAAGAGGGAGCCUUGUAAACCCUUCCGGGGUGGCUCUCGGGAAAAGGGGGGUUUGCCCUUUGUGUCCUGGCUCCGGAGGCUGGUCUUUUGUCCAAACUCAGCCGCCUUUCAGACCCCUGCCACCUCCCUCCAGGAGCUGGGGCUGCUGGAGAACCUGCACCCCCACCCCCAGGCUCUCCUUGGUGUUAGAGGCGGUGGGAUUGACGUCAGUAUUGCAGGAAAGAGAGGUGAAGUGAUUGCUGUAAUGAGAAGCAGCUGCCCCGACAAAGAAUAAAAGUGGGGAAGGUUUGUACUGA